CAACUCAGGCAUGAGAAUCUCGUGAACUUGCUGGAAGUGUGUAAAAAGAAGAAACGGUGGUAUCUGGUGUUUGAAUUUGUGGAUCACACGGUGCUUGAUGACCUUGAGGCAUUUCCAAACGGACUAGACUACAGCAGGGUUCGGAAAUACUUAUUUCAGAUUAUGAGGGGAAUAGCGUUUUGUCACAGUCAUAAUAUAAUACAUCGGGAUAUUAAGCCAGAGAACAUACUAGUCUCUCAGUCGGGAGUUGUAAAACUAUGUGACUUUGGAUUUGCCCGUACCUUAGCAGCUUCUGGGGAAGCUUACACAGACUACGUGGCAACCCGAUGGUACAGAGCUCCAGAGCUGCUGGUGGGAGAUAUCAAGUAUGGCAAGGCUGUGGACGUGUGGGCUAUUGGCUCUCUGAUAACAGAAAUGCUUACAGGAGAGCCCCUCUUCCCUGGAGAUUCAGACAUUGACCAGCUCUACCAUAUCACCAAGUGCUUGGGUAAUUUAAUUCCAAGACACCAAGAGUUAUUCUAUAAAAAUCCCCUCUUUGCUGGCAUGAGGUUGCCUGAAGUGAAGGAGGCCGAAUCUCUGGACAAACGAUAUCCCAAGCUCUCUGCUGCAGUGCUAGAUUUAGCCAAGAAGUGUUUGCAGAUUGAUCCAGACAAAAGACCAUCCUGUGCUGAGCUCUUGCAGUGCGAUUUCUUUAACAAGGAUGGAUUUGCUGAAAGAUUUGCUCAGGAGCUUAAAUUAAAGAUUCAGAAAGAUGCCAGAGACCAUCAAUUACAGAAAAAAUCAAAAAUCAGCAAAAGAGACAAAGAGGAUGUUUUAGAAGAAAGAAAAAUGCUUGGUGUCCAGGAUUUCAGCAUUGACCCGAAGAGCAGAGAUGCAAAGCUAUUAAAGGCGAAGCGCUCUAAAGCUGACGCAGAGAAAGCAGACCGAUCCUCCAACCUGAGCUCCCUCUACGACAGUGCGAUCAACCCAUUUAAAAUAAGCCCUCAAACCAGCCUAAAAGAUUCCAGCAGCAGCUUGGACUAUGCCAAGAAUGCAGGCAUAGUUAUCCCUCCUAUCAACCAGAACCUUUCUCCCACUACGGUUGGGAUGGGGCCUGUGCCUGGGAGCCUUAACUACAGAGUUGAUGAAAAGAGUAAAAAAUACUUGAACCCAUUUCUAAAGCAACGGAAGCAUUCUCCAGCGGGCCAUUACAGUGUGAGCUUGACGUCGGUUACUAAUGAAAAAAACAUCCUUCAGGCAAAUAGGAAAAAAUGGGAAUUCUCCAAGACAGAUGUGCGUUUGCCAGAACUAAAUCAUCUCCCUGAACUGAGAGGAGUGGAAGCGUGGCAUCCCAGAUUUCUGAAAAAGGAAAAUAAAACAGUUUCAGAGUCCCGUGUCCCCUCCCUUGCUGCUAUUGACCUCCAUAACUCAAGUCUGGCCUCGCAGCAGCUGUCGGGGACCUUGAUGCCCGAUGCGUCAGAAGCCAGUUUCCCCAGAGUCGAGCACUAG